UGCAAUGUCAGGUCUGCCAGCAUGUCUACCGGCGUUACUUGUAAAUUUGCUUUUGAUCGACCCUUUUAAUAAUAUGUUGAUACCAAUAGAAGAUCCACCGACCGGGGUAAUAACUCGUGUGUGCUUCGGCAAAACACGUAACCUCCUAGCCUCCACCUCAUGGGACAAAACUGUAAAGUUAUAUGAAAUCUACGAUGAUAAUCGUGGCCGGAAGUUAAGAGCAUAUACUGGCGGAAGCCCUGCCCUUGACUGCUCCUUCAUGGAGGGUGAUAAGAAGAUCGCUUUUGGCAAUCUUGAUAAUCAAGUCAAUGUCAUGGAUGUUGAAACGGGAGAUGUAACUCUAGUUGGUACUCACGGCGCUCCUGUUCGUUGCGUUCAAUUUCAUGACCGUUUGAACAUGAUCAUAACUGGUGGUUGGGACAAUAAAAUACGGGCAUUUGACCCACGAUGUGACACCACCAGCGCGGCUGCAGACGUUGAUAUUUUCGGAAAGGUUUACUGCAUGGACCUAUUGAAGGACACUCUUGUUGUGGGUGACUCAAUGAAAAGAGUCUACAUAUAUGACCUUUCUCGUGGUUUUAUAGGGUUCUCAACACCAGACACCAAAGAUGGUGUCUUGAAGUAUCAAUAUCGUUCAAUCAAGUGCUUCCCUGAUAACCGAGGAUUUGCAUUAGGGUCCAUAGAAGGACGUGUUGCUUGGGAGUAUUUCUCUAAAGCCCAGGAAUUCGUAUCGCAACAAUAUGCCUUUAAAUGCCACCGUAGCAAAACCAGCUCGGAAUCUGACCUAGCCUAUUCCGUGAAUUCUAUUGAUUUCCAUCCACUGUUUGGUACAUUCGUUACGGGUGGCGCUGAUGGCAUUGUAUGCGCAUGGGAUGGCAUUAGCCGCAAACGCCUUUGGAGAACUACGGCACUACCUACAGCUGUUGCAUCGGUGUCCUUCAACAACAGUGGUGAAAAGCUGGCAAUCGCAGUAUCAGACAUGUUCCAGGUAAAUGGACAACCAACAUCGCAGCCUAGCAUUAUGGUACGUGGUAUCAGUGCCGACGAAUGUAAACCUCGCAAAGCAACGAACUAAAUUCACCCUAAUGUCAAUAGAUCUAUAUUAUUCUACUAGAUGUUGGCUGC